AUGAGAUUGGCGAGGACAGAGACCCAUGAGCUGGAGAAGCAGAUUUAGUGCCGGUGACAUUUUGGUUCAAUUGAUGGUGAGAUUUGGAGUUGACAUGGAUUUGAGAUGCGUGGCUGAUUUUUCCUUUCAACGAACUAUGAGCUUAUGAGCUUAUAGGUGGAAUAGACUUUGUUUUCACUGGUUGAUCACAGUUAUUUCAACUCAGGAUCUUCCCCAGCACGGUAAUUUUGGAAAGAAAUGCAGCAAUUAAAGGGAUUUAUGCUGAUGGAAUUACUGGUAUUCUGGUGAAACUAGAAAACCAGAUGCAUUGAUCUGAAUCAUCAGUUGAAAUCUUCAUUUUCAGUUAUUUCACUAAUGUCUCUCAGAAAACCUCCACUCCCCCGUCUCCUACUCAACAAUGUUUCCUGCAUGAGAAAUGCCCAACAAAUUCUUCAUCACGUGAAUGUAUCCCUUCAUGAUGGCAGUGCACUUGUUUUAACUGGCGCGAAUGGCUCUGGUAAGACUACUUUCCUGCGCAUGUUAGCUGGAUUUUCUCGUCCUUCAGCUGGUGAAAUCCUUUGGGAUGGCCAUGACAUUACACAAUCUGGAAUAUUUCAUCAGUAUAAACUUCAGCUCAACUGGCUUUCCCUCAAGGAUGCCAUUAAAGAGAAGUUUACAGUUCUUGACAAUGUUCAAUGGUUUGAAGUUCUUGAAGGCAAGCAAGGUAGGUCCCUGCCUGCCCUCGAGUUGAUGGGUCUGGGAAGAUUGGCUAAUGAGAGGCCAAGUAGACUGUCAAUGGGGCAGCGGAAAAGAUUGCAACUCGCCAGAUUGUUGGCGAUCAAUCGUCCGAUUUGGUUGCUUGAUGAGCCUUCAGUUGCAUUAGAUGAUGAAGGGGUGAAGUUACUUGAGUACAUAAUUGCAGAACACAGAAAGAAUGGUGGGAUUGUGAUUGUGGCAACUCAUUUACCAAUUAAGAUUGAAGAUGGUAUGGUCUUAAGGCUGCCCCCAAGAUUUCCCAGGAGGAUGACUUUAGUGGAUAUGCUUGAUCGUGCUGAUAUUUAGUCCCCCCCCCCCCCCCAAAAUUUUUUUUUGGUAGUGGAUAAAUUCAUGAUAUGAUAUUUUUUGAGUCAGGAUUCAAUGCUGAGUUGCCUUGAAGAAACAUUGUUAAGAAAUGCCUUCAAAUGUUGCCAUAGGCCCAUUCACUGAGGUUUUGGAGAAGCAGCAUGUCUGUCAAGGCUCGAUUUGAGCUUUAGGGCCCUUUUUAAAUUUGAAAAACAAGUGAUUUAUGUGUA